AUGUGUGGAUUCAAUAUCAAAGACAUCUUUGCUAACGCUGGGAAGAAGAUCGCUACCAAGAUGCCGAGUAAAGGUGUUCAGUGUUAUUCUUACGUUGGAGUCCCUGGAUGUGCUAUUGAAUUCUCCGUACCAGGCAGCGUGAUUCGCAAAGAUGGACUGAGACAAUUUGGAAACGACCAUCUUGAAGUCGACAAGAGGCAUAUUAACGGCACCUUUAAAUUCAGUGGAACUUUCUCUUUCAAAGUCAGCCAGAAUGGAAACCAAAUUGCUCACCAACAAAUCGAAAUCAACACGAUGACAGGUAACAUUGAGGGAGGAACAUUGAACCAAAUGGGCAAUACCCAAAGCAUUAUUGCAGGUGAUGUUAUCAUCACCUAUGGAUUCUACGAUGCUCCAGAUGCUGUUCAAGGUAGGGCCGGACUACCGACCAGCGACCAGUGCUGGGUCUGCGUAUCGCCAAACUACUCGUCAUGGAUGGGACAACUGGCGCCGGGAGGCUCACCGCAAGCAGACAAGCCUUUUUCGAAAUGGAUGCUUCCAGCAGCUCACGAUAUCGGUAUGAACAGCAUGCAGAACUCUAUAGCAGUCCUCCACAGCGAUGCUCUCAUCGAGGUUAUGAAGAGAAUCAACCCUGUCGUCGCUAAGAUCGCUGGAAUGAUGACGCGAGAAGCAGCCAAAGCGAUUGCACCAGCUAUCAUCGAGGGCCUGGCGAUUACUCAAAAAGACACGGUGCCCAUGAUCCUCAGCAUUGGAGCAAGAUACUUCGAGUUCCGGCCAGCUUACCUGCAUAAUGAAAUUCGUGACACGGCUGGUAUUCCCAACGAUCUCUAUUUCCAACACAGCGCAAUUCCGGGCAUGGCAUACGCCCAAUUCCUACGGGAGGUAGUUGACUUCCUCAUUCAACACCCAGAAGAAAUCGUUGUUGUCCAGCUCCGUUGGGAUGGGGUUCCUGCAGAAUGUGCUCGACCCAAUGACGAAGACAUGCUCAAUCACUUGAACGCCGCCCUCGCAGCCUCAAACGGAUCCAUCCAACACGGCUCCUUAGAUGACAUGCUCAACAAAACCACAACCCAGCUCCGCUCCGAAUCCAAACGUCUAAUCCUCUUCGUCAACUCAGACUCUUUCUCAACCUACACCGACGAAGGAAACGCAACCAUAAACGGGGACUCCUUAAUCGCUGAAUUCAACAAAAUCUCCCCCGAACGCCAAAGUGGCCAUGCCUUUACAAAUCUACAAUGUCAAGCCACCGCCACGAAUAUCAUGGAUGUGGUCGUUUUCAGCAUCUUGAACACGAAUGCUAGUUCCAGCUGUUUACUGGCAACGAAACCGAUCUGUGACAGCAAGACGCUACCUUGGAUUCAGAAGGAGGCGGGGAGGUUGAUUGAUGGCCAGUUGGUUGUGGUAAUGAAUGAUUUUGUGGAUGGCGCGACGGCGGAUGUUUGUGUCGAGUGGAGCCGGAGACGGUUGGAAUAG